CAAAACACAUAAGUCUCAACUACUAAUAGGAAUAGAUUUAAAACAAAUACCUAAAAAAGUAUCUAUUGCUAAAAUAACUCUUAAGACUACUACAUUUGUUUAGAGAUGAUCCAACUUAAUCGUUGUUCAGGAGUCAUCUUCAAAAAGAAAUCUUGUUUUGCUUUGGUGUUAAGCAAAUCAAGAGCCAUAAAGCAUUCAUCAUCGGUUAGUCCUGGCGUCUCCUUCAUGGCAUCCAAAAGCAGUAGAGCCAAGUUAGAUGAUUUGGAGGCAUUCCUAGUUAAAGGUGGAUACAGUGAGUUCAAACUGCGAAGGUUGCGAAAGAAUGACAUUCUCUUCCUCUUCAAACGGGAAGGAGACUAUUUGCGCUGGUUCUCCCGGCAGCGCUGGAUUGUCAAUGGAAUCAGCAUUGUCAUCUCCAAAUGGUCCCCGGAUUACUCCCCAACCCGUGAAUCCCCAAUUGCUCCGGUGUGGAUCAAGCUUGAGCAUUUUCCAGUUCAUCUCAACGACCAUGGAGUUCUAUUUAAAGUGGCUUCCCUUUUCGGUAAGCCAAUCAAAGUCGACUCCAACACUGCGAUUGGUGUAUUUCUGGAACAAUCCAGAUUCUGCGUUGAAAGAGACACCUCGUUGCCGUUCCCCUCCCGCCUGCAUUUUCGGCUAGGAAGCAGAGAUCUCUGGAUCCCUUGUAAGUUUGAAAAUCCCCCACAUUUCUGCUCUUGCUGCAAUAUUUUUGGACAUACUGUCAACAACUGCAGGAAACAAAAACACUUGAGCCUCACCGGAAAAGCUCCUGCCGGUGAGGCGGACAUCAUGGGAGCGGGGCUUAAGGAGGAUCUUGCAGGAUGGACAUGGGUAAAAGGAAAACGACAUGGCAGGCCAGAUUCUAUUUUGGGUAGGGUUGGAGUUCAUGUGGGCCAAAGAAAUUCCCCUCCAAAAAGCCAAGUCCAAAAACAAGUGGACAUUUCAAAUACUGGCGUCCCUUUUUCCCUUGCCCCUCUUGAAUUUCACACCACUUCUGACCAACCAUGUUCGUCCAAACAGGCUAAUUCACAGUGGUCUCCUAUAUUGCCUAUCAUUGAAGAUGUGAAUGAAGAUGAAGUCCUUUCCACGUCAUCUCCUAAACAGAAUGCCCCACUGCCCAUUACUAUCCCAGAUGACAGCCUGGCCUUGGUCCCCUACUCCAAUGGUCCAGGGGUCCCAACGCUUGCACCACACCUCCAAGAUGACUACUGGGUCUGCAAACCUUCCUCUGCCUCCACGAUGUGCAUGGACUUUGAGAAGCUUGAGAAAGAAGAUGAAUUCUCUUCUUGUACUGCCAUUCUGCAGGCAAUGAAGGGGAUAUGCCUUUCGAUGGUUCUGAGCUUCUUCCCUUACAGGGCUCACACGGUGAUUGAGAGAAGGCAGCUUUGGGAGAGCUUACAGGGGAGGAGCAACACUAAUCAAAAUUGGGUGGUGGGAGGCGACUUUAAUGCUAUUUCUUCCCCUUCAGAAUACAAAGGUCAGUGCGAACCAAAUGCACUUGGAAUGGAAGAGUUCAACUCGUGCAUUGAAGCUUGCAAUCUGUUCUGUCCAGACCCUUCCGGUGGUCUCUUUACUGGUCUGGCACAAGAAGCCGUGGGAGAACAUGGCUUCCUCCAGGUGGUUAAGGAUUGUUGGACUAAGACUCCCUACUCUGGUGGCAUGCGUGGACUUGUGGCAAAACUCAAAGGUCUUAAGGGAUGUCUCAAGGAGUGGAACAAGAAGGAAUUUGGCAAUAUCUUUGAAAAUCUUACUAAGGCGGAGGAGUUUGCAACCCAAAACCAGUUGUGCUUUGAGGAAGAUCCUACCGAUGCCAAUCGCGAAAAAGCCUAGAAGGCAAACGCCAAACUUCUUCUCGCUACUCACAAAGAGGUGGCAUAUUGGAAGCAAAAACCUAAUGCAAGAUGGCUUGAAUUUGGGGACUCAAACUCCAAGGUCUUCCAUGCCUUUGCUAAUGGGAAGAGAUGGAAGCUUGCCAUUAAUCAUAUUAUUUCGGACACUGGUGUUGGGCU